GGCAGCAGUAUAGUCGAACGGGACUGGAGUGAAGCACGCAGCUCUUCUAAACUGGACCUAAGAUUAAUUUGAUUCCGCUGUUUACUUACCUCCGGCGCAUUUACUAUAGAAGCCGCCGAUAGUCUUUCCGUAAGGAAGGGAAUACUAUCCGACUAGAACACUCUGAUUUAAUCUGCAGAAUGGACUUUAAUGUGUUCUUUUCCCUGCUCCCUCUGUUGUGGGCACUGCACUUUUCAACAGGUUCUCCAUUUUCUGGUGCAGCAGUGACCAACUCUCCGGCCUCCUCUGCCAGCCAAGCUUCGAGCUCGAUUCCCCGCCGGCUCAGCCGCACUAAGCGCUGUUCCUGCUCCUCCUUUCUGGACAAGGAAUGCAUCUACUUCUGCCACUUGGACAUCAUCUGGAUCAACACACCCGAGCGAGUUGUCCCAUAUGGACUGGGCAGUUCCCCUCGGGCCAAACGGUCCGUGAAGAAAAAAUUGACAACGCUGGCGCAACGGAGGCAACGGUGUGAAUGUCGAAGCCAAGAAGACAGCGUGUGCUGGCAAUUCUGUGAAGAUGGGCAACAGACACCAAGAUUUUCAGUCAAGACCAAAAUACAAAAGCAGAACACAGUGGAAGCUUCAGAUAGAAUGGGCCAUAACAAACCAAACUGCACUGGACUGAAAUGUAUUUAUCAUCUCGUUAACAUUAAUAAAAGGUUGGAGUCAGCAAACAGCAAGCAUUUACCUACAUCAAUGAAAUGGAUUUACAGAAUAAGGGAAGUAAGACAAGACAGUCACAAUAAACUGAAGACAUUACCAAUUUCUAUGACACACCCUGUGGCACAAUGCAGGGACUGCAAACGCUGACAAGCUGCCAGUUAACCAAAGCAAAGAAAACACCAUGUGUUGGCUGCUUCACAGAAUGGAUUACCAUUCUGUUCUGGCAAGGGACCAGGGAUUGACACUUCAGUGAGGAGCUUGCCAAAACUGUUGGAGGCCAAGCUACAGCCUAGCUGUACGUAAGAAAGACUGACCAGCAGAAUGGAAAUUAAAACAAGACACCUUUAAAAAUGAAACAAGUUUGACUUAAAAUAAUACAAUGAAAUUCUGCAAUUCAUGCUCACCAGCUACAGAAUGGAUAUGUGUCUACCAAAACGGGCUGAGAUACAUGUAACACACUAAACCAAGGAGUUCUCAUUGAACAACAGAAACAAAGAACUGAGGAUGUGGGAAAUCUGAAACAAAAACAGAAAUAGCUAGUGAAACUCACCGGGUCUGGUAUCAUCUGUGGAGAGAAAGCAGCAUCAAUGUUUUGGGUCAGAUGACCCUUCUUCACAAGAUGUUGCCAGAGCCAGUGAGGUUCUCCAGCAAUUUCUGUUUUUGUUUGCGUUCUCACUGAACUCUAACUUAAUGAGAUUGGACAGAUCAAUGACCAGAGUGGUUUUCAGUGACAUGGCCAAACGUUUGAUCUUAGGAAUAGGAAAGUGAAUUUAACACAUCAAAUGAAGUAAUGAUUCAAAAGCACAAAGUGAUUGUGUACAUAAAUAAUACGUACAAACUUAAAAUACUCAAUUUAAUAUAUUUUUCAAACAUUGUAUAUGGAGUGCUGAAACUGCAGAAUACACUUUUAAAUUAAAUCUACCUCACUUUUUGUAAGUGUAAUUGGCUACAGAUAUGCCCAAGAAAUAGCAUUUACCUUUUCAUGAAUGGUUUAAAUACUCCACUGUUUGAAAAAUGUCAAUGGGGUUAGUGUGAUUGUGUAUUAUGUUUGGAUAUGAUAGAGUGCGAAUGUAUUUAAUAGCAGUGUAUUUUGUUACUUCGGAAAUAACGUGUCUGGAUAUUAUAUGAUUGACUACAUUGUCUGCAUGAGUAACAGUGUCUGGAUGUAAAUAAUGAACAUGAUUUUAUGUGACUAUAUAUCUGUGUGGAUAAAUGUAAUGCAUUUCAUUAACAGUUUAUUGUACAGCCAGAUAAAUAUUACAUCUUUAUAUUUGGUUUACGAAGUGUAAAGGAGAUGAUGCAAUAUUUCUUCUAAAGAGAUGGUAAGCAUUGAUAGUCAGCAGGAACAGACAUAACAGCAACAACUGCAUGAUUGAAAUAUUAAUGAAGACAGUAGCAAAUAAUAUCAAUAACUGUUGAAAGUGAGGCAUUAAUUGGCUUAAAUUUUUAACGUAUCAUUCACAUUAUUUUGACAUUCCUAACUUUGGUAACUGACUGUAUUUUAAACAGUGUCAUAAUGUGUCAUGCAGGCCAUAUUGGUCUAGUGUGAUUAUUAGCUGGUAUGUAUUUUUA